AUGGGGGGCAAAUCAGCAAACAAGGCCGGCUACUUCGACAAGCUCAAGGGCUUGCUCCAAGACUACAAGUCCAUCUUCAUCGUCGAGAUUGACAAUGUCUCCUCGCAGCAGAUGCACGAGAUCCGACACUCCCUUCGUGGUACGGGAGUUGUCCUGAUGGGCAAGAACACCAUGGUUCGCCGAGCUCUCAGGACCUUCCUCGUCGAUACUCCCGAGUACGAGCGUAUCCUGCCUUUCGUCAAGGGCAACGUCGGUUUCGUCUUCACCAACGGCGAACUCAAGGACGUCCGUGACCAGCUUCUCGCCAACCGUGUCGCUGCUCCCGCUCGUGCUGGUGCCGUCGCGCCCGUCGAUGUGUGGGUUCCUGCUGGAAACACCGGCAUGGAGCCUGGCAAGACCUCUUUCUUCCAGGCUCUCGGUGUCCCCACCAAGAUCGCUCGUGGUACCAUUGAAAUUACCACCGAUCUGAAGCUCAUCGAAGCCGGCAACAAGGUCGGCCCCUCCGAGGCCUCGCUGCUCAACUUGCUCAACAUCUCUCCCUUCACCUACGGUAUGGGUAUCGCUCAGGUCUACGACCAGGGCCAGACCUUCCCUCCUUCCAUCCUCGACAUUGGCGAGGACCAGCUCCUCAAGGCCCUGAGCACCGCCAUCACCACCGUUGCCACCAUCUCCCUGGCCAUCAACUUCCCCACCCUGCCUUCCGUCAUGCACUCUCUUGUCAACUCCUACAAGAAGGUCCUGGCUGUUGCCGUUGAGACCGAGAUCAGCUGGCCCGAGAUUGAGCAGCUCAAGGACCGCAUUGCCAACCCUGAUGCCUACGCUGCCGCCGCUCCGGUUGCCGCCGCUGGUGGUUCCGGUGCUGCUGCUGCCGCUCCCGCCGCUGAGGAGAAGAAGGACGAGUCCGAGGAGGAGGAUGAGGAGGGCUUCGGCGGUCUCUUCGACUAA